AGCUUUCGUUCGCGGUGCACUGUGGGAUUGUUGGAUAUUGACAUAGCAACGGAGCCCCAGAGCCGCCUAGCAUUCGUGUUUUAGACCAGUUUUCGCCCCUUUUCUAGCAGCUAAAUUGUUCAGUUGGGAUUUCAUCUGCCGCCAUGAACGCAGCGGUGGUGAAGAGGACUCAGGACACGCUGGGGAAAGUCAUAAAGAAGCCGCCGUUAACGGAAAAACUGCUAAACAAACCGCCGUUUCGUUACCUUCACGACAUCAUCAGUGAGGUAAUCAGGAGCACUGGUUUUUUGAAAGGCCUCUAUGGAGAAAAUGAAAUGAAGUCAGAUAGUGUAAAGGAAAAGGACUCAAAAAUAACCUUUCUUCAGAAAGCGAUAGAUGUCGUGAUGCUGGUGACCGGCGAGCCUCUGGCGGCCAAGCCCGCACGGAUCGUUGCCGGCCAUGAGCCGGAGAAAACCAACGAGCUGCUUCAGGCCAUCGGCAAGUGCUGCCUCAAUAAGUUGUCCAGUGAUGAAGCAGUGAAGCGAGUGCUGGCAGGAGACAAGGUGGACUUAAAAACCAGAGCCAGCACGUCCAAGUCUCAGAGUAACGACAGGGAGGGACGCAAACACACACAGAAUGAUGAGGAAAAGAAAAAGGCAACCGAGCGCAGCAGCAGCGAGGACCAGAAGGACGCCGAGCGGCCCCAAAAGCCAGAGAGUCAACGCAGAGAUGAGAAUAAAGAGCACCAACGGGACCGUAGGCGCUCCGACAGGAAUCACCGCGGUGAGCAGCAGCAUCCCGCCAAAGGCCACGACAAGAGCAGGGACCGGGAGCAGGACAAAGGACACGCCCGGGACAGGCACAAGGAGAAAGACCGCGACAGGGAUCGAGGCAGAGACGAUCAGACAAUCAGAGAGAGAGAAUCUCACAGAGACAAACACAGAGAGCGGCAGAAAGACCAGGAAGAGAGAAACCCAAGUGACGAGAGUAGAAACGACAAAACCAGAGAGGCAGACAAACUGCUGCAGAAACUCGGUCCUGAAGAGCAGAGCAACAAAUCAGCCACCACAGAGCCAGUGCCCUCAGAGGUAGAAGAGAAUCAGUUUGAAAAUCCAACCAGAAUACCUCGGCCAUCGUCUGCCAAAGGGCAGAGGAGGAGGCCCAAGAUCGGAGGUCAAGACGACUCCGACAGCGAAGGAGAUGGAGACGUUCAUGUAGCCCAGAAAGACGUUCCUCAGGAGAACGGUGGUUCCUCGGCUCAGCUGGAUGCGGUCUCCAGGUGUGUGGGGUCAGCACCUGUUACUGUACCUGUCUGGAGACCAAGACAAGCAGCACGUCCGAGCAGCGCACGCCCCGCACCUCGUCGGGUCAAGAGACAGGAGAGCCACACAGACGUGACCCCGACCGAGAGGUUAUCAAGUGCCAAGACCCCGGCCCCCGUCAUCAUGGACGGGAAGGCACUGUCGGAGGAUGAGGAAGAUGAAGACGAACAGUUCCUGGUGGAGGAAGCAGUCCCCCUACCCUCAGAUGUUCCUGUAACAGAACCUGCGCGGGAACUGGACCGUGAGAACCACGGUGGACUCGUGAAGAAGAUCCUCGAGACCCAGAAAAACUAUGAACCAUCAGAGUCUUCCUCUAAACCAGCAGAAAAGAGCCUGGUGUCGGAGGCAGCGCUGAAUAAAGAGCGCGAGGCGGUGAAGAACGAGGUGAAGCGUCUGAGCUCGUUCAUCCAGGGGGUGUGCAGCAGGUCCCAGAUGCUGGGUAAGAUCGUGGACUACAUUCAGGAGGACGUGGACGCCGUUCAGACAGAGCUGCACACCUGGCGUCGGGAGAACAGGGAGCACGCUCAGGCGCUGCUGCAGGAGCAAAGAGCCACGGACCAAACGUUGGAGACUCUUAAAGCCAGCCUCACGGAGCUGGAGCAGCAGAUCAAGGACCAGCAGGACAAGAUUUGUGCUGUGAAGUCCAACAUUAUGAAGAAUGAAGAGAAGAUCCAGAAGAUUGUGACCGGGAUCAGGUUCUCCUCCAGGUCCUGAGAGAGAUGUAAAAGAACACUUCUGAAUGCUCGGCGUGAGACGCUUGCUGUUAUGAACGUCCAGAAGGUCGUGAAGAUGGAAACCAGGCCCCGUUGGCUUGGCCGAGUGUGUCCAGCACUCGAGAAACGUUCCACACCCACGUUCCGGGAUUAAAACACCAACGUUUACACCUGAGGGUGAUCAGCCCUGAUGAUGAGGGAGUCCACUCGUUUCCACUGUUAGCAACGCUUUUCUAACGCUUGUGCCUUUUGUGAUGAGUGGGUUAGCCGCUCAUGACGCCAAGCUCAGGUAACGGCACACCUGUUGGAAUGUUGACACGUCUGUCAGGUUUCAGACGGAGCGUUGUGCUUUUUCUGUUUCCCCCAACUUUGAACAUGGUGAAUAACCUCCUCUGCUCCCGAAGCACUGCUGCACUUUGAUGACAGAGAUGAUGGCGUCGCUGUCUGACCCAAACUAACACAAAGACGUCCUGACUGAAGGCAUCUUAAAGCUCUUCCUUUAUACUGGAAGCUUUUUCAACUUUUUGACCAAAUAGAAGUUUAUUUAUGAUUUUAUAAAAGACAAAAGAUUGUAUUUUACCAGCUUUUGCAGUUGUAUGAAACGCCCUUGAUGAAUUUAGCCAACAGGAAUAUAAACAAAUCGAGACUCGUUUGUUUCCUGACCCAGUUCUGGUUCCGGCUUUAGUUACAGACCUGCUUUCACACAUGGAAUAACUCAUCACCAGAAAACACGAAUCAUCUAUUUUACUACGUGCAUGAUUUAUGUGCACACAUGCACGGAUGCAGAUCGACCUCCAGGAUGUCGCAAUUAAAAUAUUUACUAAACACGGUCAAAACAAAAUCCUCAGUGAACGGAUGAGUGUGAAUUCAAUUCAAUUCAAUUCAAUUCAAAAAUACUUUAUUAAUCCCAGAGGGAAAUUGAUUAAUAUAAUUGAAUAAUAAUAAUACUAAUAAUUAUAGUAUAUAAAGGGCAAAAAGACCUUUUGAAUCAUGUGCUUUAGAUGCUAAAAUGUGCGCAGAAAUGACUGAGCAGCUGUUUUUAGAGCAGAAUCUGCUAACGUGAGAUUCUGUUUGGGUGUUUUAAUGUGAGGACAAUAAUUUUGCAUAACUAGUUUUUAAUAAAAGAACAAAAAUAAAGGAUGUGUAACAAACUACAGCCCUCCAAAGCUGCAGUCGAACUGCAAUAAAAUGUGACGUUUUUCAUUUUCGUUUCAGUAUUUUAGGUUCGUCUGAAUGGUGGUAGAACGGUGACGUCAGCUAUCCCGUAACCUUGGAAACGGCACUCAGCAACACGUUAAACUGUACAUUGUGUAAAUGUGGAGACUGUGUAGUAGUUUAAAUGCUUCUAUCAUUCUGGGUUUGAGUUAAAUAAAUGAUUUUGUCUCGUUUAUCCCUUGUGACAGGAUCUUUAUGGGGGUGUGACUGGUUUGGUUGUUCAGGUAAUGAGAGGCAGCUCUGUCAUGUCAAACAUGUCAUGUUUCUCUCAGAGAGAUGCUUUCAUCAUGGGAACCUGUAAGAGUUUAUUCUUCUCUUAACACAUUUGAUCUAAAUGACCCAAUAAUAAUAAUAAUAAUCCAUAAAACACCGUAAAAAGGCGAGGAUUCCGCUGAUUUAGAUCUUUCAUGUUGAAGGAUUGUUGAGUAAAAAUAAAAACUGCUGCAACAUUUGACCUGCAGAAAAAUGCCAAGGACACAAGUUUCUUGUCAAAUAAUAAAACCGAUCAACCUUU